ACCGUGGGGAGCUGGUUCCCUCCCAGUGCUCUUCUGGCUGGUGUUCCCAGGGGCCUCUGCCUGGGGAGGAUGGUGCACACAUGGGUGGCUGCUUCUGCAUCCCUGGGGAGCGCAGCCUGUCUUGGGGCCCAGGCAAAGAAGUUCCUUCCCAGGAUCCAGCCAUAUCAAGUGAGGGUAUCUCCCCAUCUGAAUACAAGGAAAGAUGUUUCCUGUCACAGAACAUGACUCCAGACCUGACGCUCUCCUUCUGUGUGAAGAGCCGCUCCAGGAGGUGUGUGAACGCACCCCUGCAGGAAGCUGCCCGCAGGCGGCUCUGGGCGCUGGAGAAUGAAGACCAGGAGGUGCGUACGCUGUUCAAGGACCUCUCUGCAAGGUUGGUCAGUAUCCAGUCCCAGAGGGCCCAGUUCCUGAUCACCUUCAAGACCAUGGAAGAAAUAUGGAAGUUCUCCACAUACCUGAAUUUAGGCUACGUAUCCACAUGUCUGGAGCAUCUCCUCUUUGACCACAAGUACUGGCUCAACUGCAGGUUGGUGGAGGAUACAGAGAUUCAAUUGUCUGUCGAUGACAAAUACCUGGAAACAAUGUACCUGGGACUCCUGAUACAGGAAGGCCACUUCUUCUGCAGAGCCAUGUGCUCUGUGGCUCAGCCAGCUGAGAAGGAAGGGGAGUACUUGACACUUUGCAAGAAUGAAUUAAUCUCGGUGAAGAUAGCCGAAGGCGGGUCUGAGUGGGAAGGCGUGUCCCAGUGGGAAGGCGUGUCCUUGGUGACAGGUCAGCGAGGCCUGGUGCCUGUGGCAGCCCUGGAGCCCCUGCCUCUACCUUUCCACCAAUGGUUCCUAAAGAAUUAUCCAGGAAGCUGUGGCCUUUCCAGGAAGAGAGAUUGGACAGGCUCCUAUCAGAUUGGUAGAGGAAGAUGUAAGGUCCUGAAGGAUUAUGAAUGGGAAGCAAAGGAUGAACUGAGUGUCCAGCAGGGAGACAGCAUCGAGAUCAUCGGCUUCAUUAUUCCCGGGCUGCAGUGGUUCAUCGGGAAGUCCAUGAGCUCAGGAGAAGUGGGCUUUGUGCCCACCAGGAACAUAGAUCCUGAUUCUUACUCCUCCAUGAGCAAGAACUCUGCCUUUUUAAGUGAUGAGGAAAGAUGCUCUCUGUGGGAUCUGGGAUGUGACAGCAAAGCUGAGUGUGCCAGUUUCCUCCACACGCUUGCUCAUACGGACAUCACAUCUGUCUACCGGCUCAGUGGGUUUGAAUCCAUCCAGAACCUUCCAAAUGAUCUAAGCGUGUCCCAGCCUGAAGGCUGCAGGGAGGCCAGUCCGGGCAGGACUUGGGAACAGCAGCAGACCAUGGGAUCCAGACAGUCCAGCAGCUCUGAGGACUCCAGCCUGGAGGAAGAGCUCCUCUCUGCCGCCUCGGACAGCUACCACCUGCCAGAGCCUGAUGGCCUUGAUGACCCAGAACUGUUCAUGGACCUAGACACUGGUCAGGAGGAGGAGGAAGCUGAGAACUUUGCCCCCCUGCUGACUUUUCUAGAUCAUGAAGGUUACACUGACCACCUCAAGAGCCUCUAUGAUUCCUCCUUUUCUUUCCUCACUUCUUCCUUUUAUAGCUUCUCUGAGGAGGAUGAGCUUGUGGCUUACCUGGAGGCCUCGAGGAAGUGGGCCAAGAGGAGCCACAUGACCUGGGCCCAUGCCCGGCUCUGCUUCCUCCUGGGCCGGCUGAGCGUCAGGAAGGUCAAACUCUCCCAGGCCAGGGUGUACUUUGAGGAGGCCAUCUACAUUCUCGACGGGGCAUUUGAUGACCUCUCUUUGGUGGCAGCUCUGUACAUCAACUUGGCUGCCAUCUACCUAAGGCAGAGGCCGAGAAAUAAAGGCUCGACCUUGCUGGACAAGGCAGGUGCCCUGCUGGCCUGCUUGCCUGACCGUGAGCCCAGUGCCAAGAAUGAGCUCGACGUGGUGGCCUACGUGCUGCGCCAGGGCAUUGUGACAGACAGCAAUCCUCUGGAGGCCAGGGCUUGCUUCCUGGCCAUCCGAAUGUUGCUGAGCCUGGGCCGGCAUGAGGAGGUCUUACCCUUUGCUGAGCGCCUGCAGCUCCUCACCGGACAGCCUCCUGUCUCGGAUGCUCUGGCUGCCAUCUUGAGUUUUUUGUAUGACAAGAAAUAUCUUCCACACCUUGCGGUGGCCUCUGUGAGGCAGCGUGGAACCCCGAGUGCCCAGGGGAUGACUCUUCCUACUUGGCAGGUCUACUUGGUUCUCCAGAAUGCCACCAAGCUCCUCAGCGUUUCCUCUGCCAGCUUGGGUGAAGUUUCUGCCCUGGCCUGCCCAACACUCAGGCAGGCUCUGGCUGCCUGUGAGGAACAGGCAGCCUGGAGCACCCAGAGGGCCCUGUGUCUCAUCCUGUCCAAAGUCUACCUCCAGCACAGGUCUCCUGAGGGUGCCAUCCACUACCUGAACCAGGCCUUGGUGCUAGGGCGGCUGCUGAGUGAGCAAGAAGCCUUUGAGUCUUCCCUCUGCCUUGCGUGGGCCUAUCUCUUAGCCAGCCAGACCAAGAAGGCUUUGGACCUCCUCGAGCCACUGUUAUGCUCCCUGAAGGAGAAAGAGAAUGUCACCCAAAGGGGAGUGGUCCAUAAUCUUUUAGGUCUUGUGCUUCAAGGUGAAGGCCGAGUGAACAGGGCAGCCAAGAGCUAUCUCCGGGCCUUGAACAAAGCCCAGGAGACGGGGGAUGUGCGAAACCAAGCAGUGACUAUGGCCAAUCUUGGUCACCUGACCCUUAUUUCUUGGGCUCAGCAGCCAGCGAGGGACUAUCUCCUGGAGGCUGUCCGACUCUAUUCUGAACUCCAGGCCUGCAAGGAGACAGACAUGGAAUUAGUACAGGUCCUUCUCUGGUUGGCCCAAGUUCUGGUGUCUGGAUGCCAGCUGACCCAGGGCCGCCUUUGUUAUGAAAUGGCAUUGCUGUUUGGCUUAAGGCAUCGACAUCUAAAGAGUCAGCUUCAGGUCACCAAAUCCCUCUGCCAUUUCUACAGCUCCGUGUCCCCAGAUCCUGUGGCAUGCAUCACCUACCACGAACACUGGCUAGCUCUGGCUCAGCAACUCAGGGACCGGGAGAUGGAGGGGAGGCUGCUGGAGUCCCUCGGGCAGCUCUAUCGGAACCUAAACACGGCCAGAUCCCUCAGGAGGUCCCUCACGUGCAUCAAGGAGAGCCUGCGCAUCUUCAUCGACCUGAGGGAGAGAGACAAGGCUGCUGAGGCCUGGCUUGGGGCUGGGCGGCUCUACUACCUCAUGCAAGAAGACGAGCUGGUGGAACUGUACCUGCAGGCAGCCAUCCAGUCGGCCCUGAAGUCAGAGGAGCCCUCCUUGGCCCUCAAACUCUACGAAGAAGCAGGUGAUGUGUUUUUCAAUGGGACCCGCCACAGGCACCGUGCAGUGGAGUAUUACCGAAUGGGUGCUGUCCCAUUAGCAAGGCGGAUGAAGGCCCUGAGGACUGAGCUCCGGAUUUUCAAUAAGCUGACAGAGCUGCAGAUCAGCCUCGCGGGCUAUGAGAAGGCUCUGGAGUAUGCUACCCUGGCUGCCAGACUGAGCACAGUCACAGGAGAUAAGAGGCAGGAGCUGGUGGCCUUUCACCGCCUGGCUACAGUGUACUACUCCCUGCACAUGUACGAGAUGGCUGAGGACUGCUACCUGAAGACACUGUCCCUCUGCCCACCCUGGCUGCAAAGCCCCAAGGAGGCCCUGUACUAUGCCAAAGUGUAUUAUCGUCUGGGCCGACUCACCUUCUCCCAGCUGAAGGAUGCCCACGAUGCCACUGAGUACUUUCUGCUGGCCCUGGCAGCAGCGGUCCUGCUCGGUGAUGAGGAGCUGCAGGACACCAUUAGGAGCAGGCUGGACAGCAUCUGCCGGAGCGCCUUGUGGCACAGCAGCCAAUCCGGAUGUUCUGCAGAGAGGGCGCGGUGGCUGAGCGGGGGCGGCCUGGCCCUGUGAGGGGAGCUGUGCCUGGGCUCUCAAAUGCUCUGUGCCUGGGCUCUCAAAUGCUACGUGGGAGGGUCUGAGUUCAGCACCACUUUGCAACAAGAAGAGCAAUGCCCAAAAGGAGAGGGGCCCAUUCCCAGCCACACCAGGAGCAGCUGAUGGAGCAGCAAGGAGACGUCCUGGCUCUGGGCUCUGCAUUGGGAACCUCUUCCAGCUGACCGCAGCCCUUCUAUACAAACAGCGUUUGGAAUGCACUUUUGUAAUUCUGGAGAAAAAGAGAAACGUUUCCUCGGUGAGGAAAUCAGGCCAUGCACUGGUGAGAAGGCAGGCGGAGUGGAGUUCCUGUCAUCACCCAGUUUCUCAGGGAAAGAGUCCUCCUUUGGCCAGCAGAGGAGCCGUGGCUUCUUUCUCUUCUUUGUUCGGAGCAGAAGGAGGUGCCACUCUGCAUGCCCACAGGUACUGGCAGGAGACAAUCCACCAUGCUCUCAGUUCCAAAGACAGCCUUGGAAUGGCUGGGUGGCGCGCAGGGUAUGCGAGUCUGACUCAGGCUCCCAUUUCCAUCCUGCCUGGAGCCUGUACCCCUACACAACCUCCCAGAAAUGCCAGGGAAGCUUCCUAAAGACAAAGGCUUGAAAACACAGUGUUAAGAAAAGAAUUACACCAAUGGCUUGUAAAUACUGUAUAUCAUUAAAUAUCACCCAU